GUUGCAGAGAGUGGUGGCGGACUAUCUGCAAAGACGGAACAAGCCCACUCGACCUGGGACUUAUGCACCUUCACCCCUUCAACGAGCACAGACGGCCACGGAGGGCGCUCUCGACCCCAGGCUCACAGGGCUUCCAAUGCCUUUGUUGCCGGGACUCUAG